AUGCAGUUACGUGCCGAACUUCAGGCACAGCACGCUGCUUCAACUGAAGCUCUCAGAAGAGGUGAUCAUGCUACAGCUGGUUUAUUCAACGAUCAAAUUCAGCAUACUAUCCAACGAAUAAACAGUCUGAAUUCGUCUAACCUCCCAGUAAUAGGAAGCAGCUCAUCCACGACUGAGCUGUCUUCAAAUAUCCUUUCCGGACGCGAAAGUUUUUCCAGGGUUGAUUUGGGUCCUUUUGAAAUAGAGGAAGAGGAAGAUCCAGUUGCACUCUUCGACAGGUUAUCUAAAUCACGUCAGAAAACUCUACCUAUGAUGCAAGAUGCUAUUCGUAUAAGUCGUGCAUGUGUUGUAUUAUCGACGCUUAAACAAUUUCUAAAGGAAUCAUACUGUAUCACUGAUGGAAAGAUUCAGCGUUACUCGCCUUCAGAUUCAGCUAAGUUGUGGGAGAAGCCGUUGACUCGGCGCGUUGGUAUUCAUUUUCAUCCCUUACCAUGCUUGAAAGCUGCUGGGAUGGAACUUCACAAAUCGGAGCUUGUUUCUCAUUCACAGCCGUCUGUUAAAAGUGACCUUAAUACGGAGGAAAACUUAUCAGCUGAAGAUGUUGCCGAAAAAGACGAGGAUAUUGAAUGUACGAGUGAAAUGCAGUCCCUCGUACAAGAUAAUCUCGAUUUCCGCAAGCUGAUACUUACUAUUGAUCCUCCUGGCGAAGAAGAAUUAGGAGCAGAAGACUGGAACAGUCGCUGA